UUAACCUAGAGACCAUAAUAUCUCCUCCCGCCUCUCAUUCCAAAACCCUAAACCCCAAGCCUCUCUCUCUUUCGCUCUCUUCAAGGCAACUCCGGCAACUGUAAUGGGCACCUCAGCAAUCAACAAGAGAAAGGGGCCAAAACCCCAGAAGGCUUCCCCCAAUAAGAAGCAAAAGAAGGAAGCUUUCACUGCCAAAACCCCAAAGAAACCCAAGAAAGUCGAGCAGGUCUUCGAGCCUUCUGAUGAUGAGGAAGAGAUAGAGGAACUUGAUGAGGAGUUCGACGGAGGAGAUGAGGUAGGAUCUGGCUCUGAUAGUGAUACUGAUAUCUUCGGUGGGGAUGAUCCCCUCCGAGAUGACGACGACGACGGGUCCCUCCCAGGAAGUGACGAAGAUGAAGAUGAUGAAGAGAAUGAUUCUUCGGAUUCGGAUUCCGACACGGGUGAUAUUGCGAAGAAAUCGGAGCAGAUUGAUGCGAGAAGGAAAAGGGUAGAGGAAGAAGGUAGACAGGAGCUGGAAUUAAAUAUCAAGGAUGAAUCUGAUGAGUUCAAAUUACCUACUCAGAAGGAACUUGAAGAUGAGGCACGUCAGCCUCCGGAUCUUUCUAAUCUCCAGAGGAGGAUAAAAGAGAUUGUUCGGGUGCUUUCGAAUUUCAAGGCAUUGAGGCAAGAGGGGAAGUCGAGAAAGGAGUAUAUUGAACAGCUUAAGAGAGAUUUAAGCUCGUACUACGGCUACAAUGAGUUUUUGAUUGGAGCUCUAGUAGAGAUGUUUCCAGUUGUUGAACUUGUGGAGCUUAUAGAAGCUUUUGAAAAGCACCGACCUAUAUGCCUCCGAACUAACACUCUGAAGACACGAAGGAGGGAUUUGGCAGCUAGUUUGAUAAACCGAGGAGUAAACCUAGAUCCGUUGAGCAAGUGGUCUAAAGUUGGAUUGGUUGUGUAUGAAUCACAAGUUCCAGUUGGUGCCACCCCGGAAUAUAUGGCUGGUUAUUACAUGCUCCAAAGUGCAAGCUCCUUUUUGCCUGUUAUGGCCCUUGCUCCUCAGGAAAAUGAACGAGUUGUUGAUAUGGCGGCUGCUCCUGGUGGUAAAACAACCUAUGUUGCGGCUCUUAUGAAAAAUAGUGGAAUUAUAUUUGCAAAUGAAAUGAAGGAGCCAAGGCUUAAGUCUCUCACUGCUAAUUUGCAUCGUAUGGGGGUGACAAACACAGUCGUUUGUAACUACGACGGCAAGGAGCUUCCUAAGGUUUUGGGUAGCAACGCGCUUGAUAGAGUUCUGUUGGACGCUCCUUGCAGCGGGACAGGGGUUAUAUCCAAAGAUGAGUCUGUUAAAACCUCUAAAAGUUCUGAAGAAAUAAUGAAAUGUGCUCAUCUCCAGAAGCAACUGAUUCUAGCUGCAAUUGACAUGGUGGAUGCAAAUUCGAAAUCAGGGGGAUACAUUGUGUACUCCACGUGCUCCAUUAUGGUUGCUGAGAAUGAAGCUGUUAUUGACUAUGCACUCAGGAAGAGAAAUGUUAAACUUGUUCCGUGUGGACUUGACUUUGGGCGUCCAGGGUUUACCCGGUUUAGGGAGCAGCGUUUCCACCCGUCUGUGGAAAAGACAAGGCGAUUCUACCCUCAUGUUCAUAAUAUGGAUGGUUUUUUUGUGGCAAAGCUGAAAAAGAUGAGCAAUUUGAAGCCAACUACAGCAGAAGCUCGAUUAUCUGAAACAGUAGAGGCUGAAACUGUAGAUGUAGAUAUCAACAUGGCAGAAGACGACAGUGACACUGAAAGUGAGAAGAACAUCAGUGUAGUUCCUCAACAGGUUUCGACAGACAAGGACACUGAAAGUGAAAUGAAGGUUUUGGAAAAUGGCAAACCAGAGGUGGCAGGCACUGAUAAAAAGAGGAAAGAAAAGAAGCUGCCGUCCUUUUUCUCUCACCUGGAAGGGCAAUUCCCAUUGGAUAAAAAUGCUGAACCGAAGGUGAAGUCCUCGGACCAGAAAAAGGAAAAGAGAGUGAAACUGAAAUUCCCCCCUAGGGAGGUGAUUGCAAAAGCUAGGGAAGAGAAGAGGACAGCUCUGAGGAAAAACAAAGCUAAGAAGAAUACCGUUGGUACAAGAGAAUGAGCAAAGGAUGCCACCUCAGUGGAGGGCUCUUCAAAUUCAGUGCAUGGGGGUUCUGCAAAUAGAUUUGAUACGACUUGCUGCCCCUGCAGACCCCAAAAUUUUGAAUUAAUUCAUGUCCAGGACUGAAGUAUACUGUGUUGUUGCAAACACAAAAUUUCCAUUAUUUAAGUGAUCUUGCCAAAAAGUGUUUCUAUAUAAUUAGUGGAUUAAAAUAGAGUUGAGAGAGCUAAGAACUGUAUUCUCUGAAGCGGAUACUAGUG